AUGAAUUUCAAAAUGCUUAAGAAUUUUACACUCCCUAUUACUUUAACACCAUAUAAGGGGAUCGGAGAUCCUAAAGUUCAUGUCACAAAAUUCAAGUCUAUAAUAUUCCUCAAUAGUGACUCCGAUUCCAUCCUGUGCCGAUCUUUUCCAACUUUUUUAGAUGGAGCUGCCUUAUUAUGGUUUUCUAAUUUGCCUACAGGAUCCAUAACCAGCUUUGAUGAGUUUGCCAAGAUGUUCAUCAAUCAUUUCGCAGCGUUCAAAAUCUAUGUGAGAGACUCGGACUACCUCAGCACAAUUAAGCAAGGGCAGCACGAAAGCCUAAAAGACUACAUGACACGUUUUACAACAGCGGCCAUGGAAAUCCCUGACCUUAACCCAGAGGUACAGUUGAAUGCUAUAAAGAGUGGCCUUCGACCUGGAAAAUUCCAGGAAGCUAUCGCUGUGGCAAAACCAAAGACGUUGGAAGAGUUCCGAGACAAAGCAACUGGACAAAUCGAAAUAGAGGAGUUUUGCAAAACUCGGAGGAAUGAGAGACCACCAUCCAGGAAGGAAGAAGAAAGACCUUACAGGUCCCAGAACAAAUCUUCCAAAAAACCCUUCAAGCUAGUUCUAAAAUUCGAUUCAUAUACCAAGUUCAACACCAAAAGGGAAGACAUAAUCAAAGAAAUCCUUCACAAUAAGCUCAUAAGCCUAAUCUAA